AUGCGUGUCGGUGGAGGCGAGAAGGUUUCUGGAGGAGCUGUGACGGCUGAUGACCUCGAACGAACUCUGUGUGUGGUGAAGGCGGCUUUGGCUGAGAGGAAGCGCGCAAUGGAUCUCCGUCUCAAUCUUGAAGCUAGAGAGCAGCACUUGAGACUACUACGCGAGGAGAUGAGGAAAGCGAGCCCUCAGGAGAUAAGAAACGAGAUAGAUCAUGCGAGUCGUGAAGCAAGCCAGUUGGUGGAGCAGGUUUUUCAUGCGGCUUUCGCUGAUGGUGAUGAUGAUGAUGAUGUGACUAAAGAGGCGUUUGAAGUGGAGAUGGAGCAUGCAAGAUUAGAGCGCGAAAAGUUGGAGGUCCAAGGUCGGCUCACACAGCUUGCGUCCAAGCACUAUGCUAUGCGAUUGGAGGCGGAAGUGUUGGGGACGCAGACCGAGCGUGACAAUAGGGAAAAACAGGAAAUUCAGAAAGAGUUAUUGGAGAUGGAAGGCCACCUUAAGGAGCUUGAGGCGAGUUGUGAGGAGCUGGAGGGGGUUGAGGAAGAGAUGAUGAAGACACGAGAUGAGGUUGACAAAUUGUCUCGACUGCUUCCCAACUGUGAUUUAUGUGUCGUUUUACCUCCUGUUACUGUUGAUGUGAUGUUGUCUUUGAUCGUCUCUUCGGCAACGUGGAAUCACUGCACCAGUCCGGGGCUGUGUGAUAAGAAUGGGGACCCUUUGGUGGCUUGGGUUGACUUAUUCUUGUUGGCGGAUCAAGUCGGGAAGCCCUCUAUAGAUCCGGAGAGAUUUACACGUUUGCAGAAUUGGUUGGUUUGGCGCGCGAGGAAAAAGCAUUUCAAAAUGUCGGAGGUCCUGCAGGCCUUCCAAAAGCGUAUGGUUGUUGCCUAG